GUCCGCUUAACAGAGAUGUCCGCUGAAUGCUUGUCUAUUAAAUUUUCUUACGACUUUACAGUAAAUGUUAGAAGCAAAUUUUGGGACUCAAGCUGAUGUGUUCUUAAUGGAGGGUGUCCGCUUAAUAUGGGGCCCGAUUAAUACAGGUUUCACUGUAUCUCGCUGUGUCACUGCAUGCAGCUACCGCUAUUAUUUGCACGUACGUCAUUCCCUUCCUCACUUGCAUAGUGCAUAUUGGGACAAUCUCUGUCGGUUGUAAAAUUUUCAGUUACUGACCUCACUUUUAGUGACAUCAUGUAAAUGAAGAACACUGGCUCGACUUUUCCACUUUUACGGUUCCGGGAAAGCUGGACUCCGAUUUCACCCCUGACGGCAGUGCGUGACUAUUAAGGCUUAGGCCGAUAGAUCCCAAUAGUGUCAGGACGUGUCAGCACUUUUGAGCAAACAUCUAUUGUCUUGAACCAACUUCAACUGAUCCAUCCAGCAAUAUGGCGGCAUUGAGAGCGCUGGUGUUCCUUGCAGUUCUUUCAUGUUGCUCGGCCGCAAACUUUGUCAUGUUUCCUAUGUUUGGAAGAAGCCAUUACAUGUUCGUGGCUCGGCUUGGUCAAGAACUGGCCGAGAGGGGUCAUCAGGUGAAGAUAUUUGUGGGAACAACCCAGAGUUACGCCGCAAAUGAUUCAAACGUCCGAGUUUACAAAGAUGACCAGCUAGCAGCCGCAAUGAUGAGAGCCGGUCGACCCACUUCGCAUUUCUUCAAGACGACGUCCGACCUAGAACAGUUACGAUUUCUGUUCAUGUACCAGACUCUUUACUGUGACGACUUACUUGGCCACACAGAAGUCAUGGAAGAAAUUGAACACGCGGAUCUUGUUGUUGGCGAGAUGUUGUAUCUGUGUUCCGCAUUAGUUGCAGAUAAAUUUGACCUUCCACAUGUAAUCAUAAGUGCAUCGACUCUCUCUACACCCACGGGGCUUCCGUUCGGUAUACCGUCUCCUCCUUCCUAUGUGCCACAGUGGGGUGCUUCUCUUACACCUGAGUUGAGAUUUGUGGACAGAGUAAAGAAUGUGAUAAAAUGGAUGUUAUCGUAUGGGUGUUACCUUUACGAUUUAUGUCCGAUGUUCAACGGACUCAAGGUAAAACAUGGCAUCACACCCAGCAAGAACAUACAUGAGACUCUUGGCAGAGUUGAUUUAAUACUCGGUCAGAUGGAUUUUGUGUUAGAAGAUCCAAGACCUCUACUUCCUAACACUCGAGUUGUGGGUCCAUUCCUGCCCAGUCCUGCCAAGCCUUUACCAAAAGAGGUGGAUGAGUUCAUGCAAGAAGCUGGUGACGGAGGAGUGAUCUUAGUUUCUUUUGGUACGGUACUGGAAGAAGUCGAUGAAGAUUUACUGCAACUGAUGGCUAAAGCAUUCUCUAAACUGCCACAGAAGAUUUUAUGGAAACUCAAGGGCACAUCCAAAGUCUCAAUUAGCGACAACGUGAAAUUGUUGUCAUGGUUACCGCAGAAUGACAUUCUUGGCCAUCCCAAGACGCGUCUAUUCAUAGGACAUGCUGGACUCAACGGGAUUUUUGAAUCGACCUACCACGGGGUGCCAAUGAUCUGUUCGCCUUUCUUUGGAGAUCAGUUUGUUAACGCCCAGAUCGCAAAGCGGGCUGGGUUUUCUGAGACAGUGGACUUAGAGGCCACGUCAGCAGAAGAUUUUGUUAGUUUGAUUAACAAGGUGUUAAUCCAAACCAGUUAUCGCGAGUCCGCGGGGCGGAUCUCGAAAUCCGUUCAGCGGCUGCCGCGUCCGCCCAUCAAAGAAGCCGCUGACUGGGUGGAGUACACGCAGGCUCAAGGUGGUUUGCAGUAUCUCAGACCACGGGGCCUGGAUCUACCGUUCUAUCAGCUCUAUCUGCUUGAUAUUUUGUUCUUGGUAUUUUUAGUCUUAGUUGUUGUGGUAUUCGUUAUCGGAUUCUUGUUGAAAUCUGUGAUAAGUUGUUUGUGGAGAUCCUCAGAAAAGGAGAAAGCAAACUGAAAAGACGAAAUACCUUUUUAAUCUUUAGGUGGUGCUUAUUAGUCUUAGAACCGCUCUGGAGCUAGGGGGAGUAAAUCUCUGAUUUUUUUUUUUUGCCCUGAGAAAGGCAGUCAAUCUACGGGCACAUGGUAUAACAUCGCAUGCGAUGUUGCCGGGAGCCUCAGAGACAGGGAUUCGGUUUGUUUGUUUGUUUGUUUGUUUGUUUGUUUGUUUUUUUUUAAUUAAAAAAUCAGUACUUUAAAGUUGGUUUCACGAACCGUAUGAUUUCGCUUGUACUAACGUUUAGGUCUAACGGGCAUUUAUUUCGAUUCUUCUUGCUUCAUUUACUAAUAGACCAAUCUCGAUAUAUUCAAAUUCAGCCUAACACAAUAGACAUCAGCACGAGGCUCUGGGGAAUAAACCCC